GGGGCCGCCGGGAUGUGUAGUCCGCGGGAGUCCGGCAUGAACACGUUGCGCGUGGCCAGGGUGACUCGCAGCAGGAGCCGGGGACCGCGGGCCGGGUCGCGGGGGCGCGGGGAGGAUCCCGUGCCACUCCGGAGGGCAGAGGCGGCUGCAGAAGGAAGGAAAGGCCACAGCCCUGUGAAGGGUCAGCGGAAGACACAGAGACUGCAUGUGGCCUAUGAGGCUUCAGAUGGUGAGAAAGAUGAGAGCACCAAGCCCCUCAAAGUGCCGGUCUGGGAGCCCCAGGACUGGCAGCAGCAGCUGGCCAAUAUCCGUGCCAUGAGGAGCAGAAAGGACGCACCUGUGGACCAGCUGGGGGUCGAGCACUGCUAUGACCUCCAUGCCCCCCCGAAGGUGCGGAGGUACCAGGUGCUCCUGUCGCUGAUGCUUUCUAGCCAGACCAAAGACCAGGUGACGGCAGGUGCCAUGCAGCGGCUGCGGGCCCGGGGCCUGACAGUGGACAGCAUCCUGCAGACAGAUGACGGCACACUGGGCAAGCUCAUCUACCCCGUAGGCUUCUGGAGGAACAAGGUGAGAUACAUCAAGCAGACCAGUGCCAUCCUGCAGCAGCACUAUGGCGGGGACAUCCCAGCCUCUGUGGCAGAGCUGGUGGCGCUGCCAGGCGUAGGGCCCAAGAUGGCACACUUGGCCAUGGCUGUGGCCUGGGGCACCGUGUCAGGCAUCGCAGUGGACACACAUGUGCACAGAAUUGCCAACCGACUUCGGUGGACCGAGAAGGUGACCAAGUCCCCAGAGGAGACCCGGGCCUCCCUGGAGGAGUGGCUGCCCAGGGAGCUGUGGGGCGAGAUUAACGGACUGUUGGUGGGCUUCGGCCAGCAGACCUGUCUGCCCGUCCACCCUCGCUGCCAGGCCUGCCUCAACCAGGCUCUGUGCCCGACUGCCCGGCGCCUCUGAGGCCAUGUCUGUGAAAUGCCCUUGCUUGGGGAGCUGCUGCCUGUUUCACAAUAAAGCUUAGGAGUUUUUGCA